CCAGUGUCAAUAUUUAAAAUUCUGUCGAAGGUCAACUAGGGAACACAGACAAAUCCUCCAUUUCAGAAACCAGCACGAAGUGCUCUACAGCUCAGAGUGCAGGAUGUCUCUCACUGGAUGUGGGACCCUCGUAGCUAUUUUCCUGGUCUCUGUCUCAGCACCGGUGACUACAGUAUUUUUGGAGCCAAGAGAGGCAACUCAGAUCCUGAGGGCUCGAAAGCCGAGAGCCAACUCCUUCUUGGAGGAGAUGUUGCCCGGGAACCUGGAGCGUGAGUGUUACGAGGAGGUCUGCUCCCAGGAGGAGGCUGCCGAGAUAUUCCAGACCAAGGAGAAGACGAUGGAAUUUUGGUAUAGAUACAAAAAUCUAAACCCUUGUAGGUACAACCCCUGUGUGAAUGGAGGACUCUGUUCCAUAGACCGGGGUGAUUUCGUGUGCCUCUGCCCUCCCCGCUAUGAUGGAAAACUCUGCGAGAUAGAGGUGUUUGAGUGUGAGUACAAGAAUGGCGGCUGCCUGCAGUACUGCACCAGCAGGGGGCACACCAAUGGAGUGCAGUGCAGCUGCGCAGAGGGGUACCGGUUGCAGCAGGAUGGCAGGACGUGUGAGGAAGCAGUGCCAUUCCCCUGUGGGAAGACGUACCAGCAGACUGGAUUCCGCUCCCUUCUGGAUGAGCUCCUCAGUAAUGAAACCUUGGAUUUUACCCCAAGUCCCCACAACUUCUCCCACCUGGGGGGAAACUCCACCCUCAAGGAGGGAAACUCCACCUUCAAGGGAGGCAACUCAACUUACAAAGGAGACAAUUCUACCCACCAUGGGGGUAACCAUACAGAUGACCUAUUAGACGAGUUCCAGGAGGGGGCUGAUAGUGAUACACGCAUCGUUGGAGGUUUUCUGGAGAGACAGGGUGGCAGUCCAUGGCAGGUCCUGAUUCGCAGGAAGAAUGGUUACGGGUUCUGUGGGGGCACGCUGAUCGCCCCACGCUGGGUUAUUAGUGCAGCUCACUGUUUUGGGGAGACCCCUGACCACGUGACCAUUGGGGACUAUGACAAGAUGCGGCGAGAUCAGGAUGAGCAGCAGAUCCAGGUGAAAGCUGUGAUACUGCACCCUCACUUCCACGCCUUCACCUUCGACAGCGACAUUGCACUCAUCCACCUGGCUGAGGAGGUGCAGCUGGGGCCCUACGCUACGCCUGCGUGCCUGCCCAACCCCCACCUGGCACAGCUACUCUACAGAGACGGCACUUUAGGCAUGGUGACUGGCUGGGGUGCCAUGAAGUACCUGGGCAGGUCCUCCCGUUUCUUGCGCAAGGUAGCACUCCCAAUGGUGGAUCAUCAGAAUUGCAUCCGGUCCACUGAGCAGGUUGUCACAGACAACAUGUUCUGCGCUGGCUACCAGGAGAAAGACCGAGACGCCUGCAGCGGCGACAGUGGCGGCCCCUACGUGGCUAACUACCGUGGGAUCUGGUACCUCACCGGGGUGGUCAGUUGGGGUGAAGAGUGCGCUGCCCAUGGCAAAUACGGCUUCUACACCCGGGUGAGCAACUACCUGCAUUGGAUACAAGAUACAAUACUGAAGGAGAGCCAGAACAUCCAGACCUGAGCACCAGGGGCCACUGUGGAAACACCAGUCUCCACAAUCUUAUCUCUCUCUUAAUACUGCAGUCUCUAUACUGACCUUCAGAAUCAAAAUGCAAAAGUGGUGCUGCAGGGAUUUUGUCAGAGGGACUGCCCAUUUGGGGAUGAAGCAGAAAUAUUAAAUGUAAUUUUGUAGUGUAUGCUGUAUUUUCUCAAGAAAUUUAGCAGUUUGGAAAGAAAACAACUAUAAAUACUAAAGGCAUUGAAAACAUUUUUACAAAUAUGACAUACACAUAACACAUAAUACUA